AUGGCGGCGGCGGCGGCUCCGGGGGGCGGGGGCGGGGAGCCCCGGGGAGCCGAUGGGGUCGGCCCGGGGGGCGCGGGGGACGUGGAGGUGGUGAAGGGGCAGCCGUUCGACGUGGGCCCGCGCUACUCGCAGCUGCAGUACAUCGGCGAGGGCGCCUACGGCAUGGUCAGCUCGGCCUACGACCACGUCCGCAAGACACGCGUGGCCAUCAAGAAAAUCAGCCCCUUCGAGCACCAGACCUACUGCCAGCGCACGCUGCGCGAGAUCCAGAUCCUGCUGCGCUUCCGCCACGAGAACGUCAUCGGCAUCCGGGACAUCCUCCGGGCGCCCACGCUGGAUGCCAUGAGGGAUGUCUACAUCGUGCAGGACCUGAUGGAGACAGACCUGUACAAGUUGCUCAAAAGCCAGCAGCUGAGCAACGACCACGUCUGCUACUUCCUCUACCAGAUCCUGCGGGGCCUCAAGUACAUCCACUCGGCCAACGUGCUGCACCGGGACUUAAAGCCCUCCAACCUGCUCAUCAACACCACCUGCGACCUUAAGAUCUGCGAUUUUGGCCUGGCCCGGAUCGCCGACCCUGAGCACGACCACACCGGCUUCCUGACAGAAUACGUGGCCACGCGCUGGUACCGGGCCCCAGAGAUCAUGCUUAACUCCAAGGGCUACACCAAGUCCAUCGACAUCUGGUCUGUGGGCUGCAUUCUGGCUGAAAUGCUCUCCAACCGGCCCAUCUUCCCUGGCAAGCACUACCUGGACCAGCUCAACCACAUUCUGGGCAUCCUGGGCUCCCCAUCCUCCGAGGACCUGAACUGCAUCAUCAACAUGAAGGCCCGGAACUACCUGCAGUCUCUGCCUUCCAAGACCAAGGUGGGCUGGGCCAAGCUGUUCCCCAAGUCCGACUCCAAAGCCCUUGACCUGCUGGACCGGAUGUUGACCUUUAACCCCAACAAACGGAUCACCGUGGAAGAAGCGCUGGCUCACCCCUACUUGGAGCAGUACUACGACCCGACAGACGAGCCGGUGGCCGAGGAACCUUUCACCUUUGACAUGGAGCUGGAUGACCUGCCCAAGGAGCGGCUGAAGGAGCUCAUAUUCCAGGAGACAGCCCGCUUCCAGCCUGGCGUGCUGGAGGCCACCUAA